GUAUAUGUGUAAAGUAUAAAAGUAAUCUGAAAUAAAGAUGAUAUUAAAAAAUACUGAUAGGAAAAAUAGAAGCGGCUUAAGAAACAAAACAAAGGAGUGACAAAAAGAAAGUGUGAUGAUGAUCAUUUUAUCUUAGGACAUCACAUGGUAAAAAGGAGGAAAUCGGACAAACCAAGAAUCCACUAAGUCAUGUCUACUUCACCGACUCCAAAAGUUUGUGGUUUCAUGAACAAAUAUUGGAUUUUAAUAGCUCUUCAAUACUUCGAAUAGAUGAUAAUAAGUAAUAGUUUAAUUAUGCGAAGGAUCAACGAAAAUAAUAUCUUAAAUGGGUCACACGCAUCUACACGAUACAUACUUGAAGACUUCUUACAUAUAAAUAUUUGAUAUAAAGUAUAGUGAUUUUCAAAGUUGGAGAGUAGUUAUUUACCCCGUACCGACCAUACCCUGUUCUUUUAAUAUUUUGAAUGACCAAAAUAAUUCGUAUAUGAUGAUGGUUGUCAUAUAUGACUAAUAAGCUAAAGCUAGCAACACCAAAAAACGUAACUAAGUGAGGUUACGUGGUUAUUGCUAAAUAGAACACCCAAUCAUUAAUCACUGUCGUUGAAAGAGAUUAAAAUCUAUAUGGUACCGUCGGUACGCAUGAAUGCCGUCCAAUUCGAGACGUAUACAAUUUAGUUUCAACCACUGGAGUUUGACAUCUUUAUCAAAACUAUACAAACACGUUUAUAUAUAUACACACAAUAUAGACAAGUAGAUUUUUUUUUUUUGGAACAUGACAAGUAGAUAGAUGCCACAUUUUCGACAGUCUAUCAUUAUAUAGACAAAUAACUAAAUAUUCCAGAGCAUUGAUACUUCAUCUGUUGAUGUAAAUAUAUAGUCCGCAUGUGAAAGAGUUAACUAAUAAAGAUUAUGUACUCAAUUUUUCAUAUCAUAAAUUUGAAAAUACUUUUGGCAUAGUUAUGAGUGCUCGUUAUAUUGUUUAUUGAUGUACACAGAGUUACUAGAAAUAUAAGACAACAAACGAUCAUAAGUUUUGAAAAAUGUGUGUUUAUUACGUUGCUAUACAAUAGGUAGAUGGAGAGUGAAGAGGUUGGACAUCUCGAGAGAAAAACUGAAGAAAACAGAAGAGAAAGAGAGUUAUUUACUCAAUGGUUAUGGUCCCCCCCAUUUUCCAUUCACUUUUUUCUCCUAAUUAGUCAGUUUUUUUUUCUUUAAUUACCAACAAUUACAUCUUUUAAAUUUAUUUGUUAUUUCUAAGUUCUAACUACGUCAGUUGUAUGUAUGGAGUGGGCACCUUUGACAAAUUAAAAGGAAUGAUAAUUUUAUUGGAACAAAAUUACUAAUAAUUAUUUUAGAUAUUGAAAUUAAUUCAGGUUUUGGUAUAAAUAGGUUGUGCAAACGUACGUUCGAUAUAGACUUGAAGCAUAGUGUAAAUUACCAUGUUAUCUAGGUUAUGAAUGAUGACCAAUAAAUUACGAAGAAUAAUGCAGCUCUUAAUAUUUUUAAUUUUUUUACCAUUUAUAAAAAAUAAUUUUUUUCAUUUUAUUUAUCAUCAUUUUUUUAUUGUAGAGAAAUAUAUAAUAAAUUUGAUUUUUUCUAAAUAUGAUAAAAUAAUAAUUCUUUUUUAUUCAUAUAAUUUUAUUUUUAUCUAUUUUUUACCUAUCAAUUCUAAUGUUUCUACGAUGAUUAUCAGUUAGAAAGAGUUUUAUUCGGGAGAAAGUGGCCGGUUAAAUAUAAAAAGCACAUGCUGCAUACAUAAUUAAAAGUAGACGGGUUUUAGUGAAAAUAAUGGAAUCGAUUAAAAUCAAAGAUACAUAACUACUGAAUCUGAUUCUAUUGCAUAGGCUAAUAAACUUUUUCUCUGCACUGUUCCUAUUCCAAACACCAAUCCCUAUGUCAAUCCAUAGGGUAAAUUGCUCGAUAGUAACGUAACAUAGUCUUCUUUAUUUUACUUUUGUCAUCCCCAGCAUGUAUAUUUGUGUGUCUGUGUGUGUUCGAUGUGUUUAUGCAAAACAUUUCUUACCAACAUAUAUGCAAUUUUUUUGCAUGCUUGUACAAUGGUGUGAACACUAAAAAAAACAACACUGGUGUGCACAUGCACAAUGCAGAGUAGGAAAAUUUUCGGUUUCACAACGACAACCUUUCAUGGUUUGGCCCAAUAAAAGAAAUGUAAACGACGACCACUAUUGAACAAAAGCCCAGUCUGUUUGUAAACAAGUUGGGUCGUCAGAGAAACAUCUACGGUGUGUAUUAUUUUAUCCGCACACGCACCAAUCCGGUUCCACACAUAAUGCUAUAUAAUAGGAUGCAGGUAUUAGGUGUAGAAUUAAGAAAUAACAUUGUAAGUGACCUUUGGAAACUCUAUUACACCAAUUCAUAGUUUUAGAUUAGGUGUACAUCAUUUAGAAAAGAGAGCCUAAACGAAAAAUAAACCAAAGCUUGGUUGACCAUGCUUAUUGCUUAAUGUUAUCAUGUCCCUGCAACUUGGCUGUAUAUUGUCGUGAAGUAAUGAAUAAAGACACACGUGGCGUACUCUGUCAAACGAAACGUGUCAAUAAUCUUAUCACCUUUUUAGAAAAACAUAUUUGGAUUAACAUUUUUCUAAAACGAACACACAAAAAAAAAUACAAGUUGGCCACUAUGCGGAUCCCACUUCUCGAUCUGCUCUUGAUUGUUUGCGUCUUUUAGGAUCCUCCAUUUAACACAAAAAAAGAAAUACAAGUUGGUUUUUAUGAAAUAUUCAAAAACAAAUUCUUACCACAAAGACAGAUGUUAGCUAAAUUCUAAAAGCUUUUUUGUUUUUUUUUCUUGGUUAUUAUUAUUAGUGAAUAUAUAUUAUAGCGAGAAUUAAAUAGAAUAAACAUAUAAAUAUUUCACAAUUUUGUUUCAAUAAUAAAUAUUGAGCUUGAAGUAGCUCACAUUCUUAUAUUAUAUUGUUAAGCUAAAAAAGAAAAAAGACAAAAUUUUCAUAAUUAAAUUCUGAUUGGCUUAUCGGGGGCCCAGUCAGGCUGGAUACACGUGGCAAUAAAGUGAUUGUCGUAGUUGAGCACGUUGAUAAUUAGACACGUGUCAAGUUGUACAUCAACAAGUAGCCUACGUCUACGCUAAGCUCUCUCCCCCACUUGAUGGCCUUUUUCCACGUGGCGUGGUGGGUGGUCGUCUAUCUUUUCUUGUUUCCACCAAAAAUAAUAUUAUUCAAUAUUAUGCUACUAAUUAUAUAAUUUUAUAAUAAAUAUUAUGCUGUAUUUCGUAUUUUUGUAAAGCCCAACUUGUGUGAAAUAUACUAAAGGGAAAUUAAUCCGUACCAGGUCGUCAACUAUGCUUGUAAAAUAAUUCAGAAACAUGAUUUUCCUGACAAAUAUAAAAAUACUGCAAAUUGUAGUACUAUAGGUUUAUAAUAGUAACACUUGGUGGUUAUUUUAAAGACAAAUGGUUUCGUCUCUCUCAAUAUUGUAAAACUAAAAACAUAUUCGAACUCGGAUUCUCUGACCUCAGUUUUUUUUCAGAUAUUUGAUCAGCAUUUGCUGUUUCUUUUUUUUUUAGUUUUGGUUCUUUUGAAGAUCAUGGAGAUGUUAAGAGCAAGGGGAAGCAGCACAAACGGCGUCGUUCAAGUCCCUAAUCUUUUGGGGAAGUUUUUCGUCACGAGCAACCAUUUUUGUCACAGAGACUCUGAGCAUGGUGAGAGACGGGAAGAGGCAAUGAAGAAGGAUGAAGAUAUUGAGCUAACGUUAGGUCUUUCUCUGAAUGGUCAGUUUGGUACGGAUCCGAGAUCGAGGAAGAGGAAGAACUUUGAAUUGGCUCGAUCUUCUUCCAUACCGGAAGGUUUCGUCUUCGACGGACAAAGAUCCGGCGGAGAUAUGCGGCAGACAGGAGUUUCGGACAUGUUCCAGCUGGAUCGGACGCGUUCUCUGCCUGUGGAAACGGAGAUAGAGGCGAAGAGGAAGCGAGCGGAGAAGACAAAGGUCCAAGCCGAGGCGAAGACGUUUCUGUCAUUUAACGUUCCUCCUCUUCCGACAAAGGAGAAGGGAGAGAAAGAUGGUUUUCUUGUCCCCGGUCCGGUCAGCGGGAGGGGCAAAAAUGGAAACACGGCGAAGAAAAAGAACCAAGAAGUUUCGGGGAUGGAGAAGGCGAGGAACAUUUUGGAAGACAUGCCUUGUGUGUCGACGAGGGAUGUCGGAGCUGACGGGAAACGCGUGGAAGGGUUUCUUUAUUGGUACGGAGGGAGCAAGGAGGAGGUGAAGAUAGUGUGUGUUUGCCACGGCAGUUUUCUUUCUCCGGCGGAGUUCGUUAGGCACGGCGGAGGUACGGUGUCCGACGGUGGUGGUGAUGUUACGAGUAACCCGCUUAGACAUAUUGUUGUUAAACUCCCUUCUUCUUCUUUGUAGUUCGUAAUACUCUUUUUAGGAACCCAAUUGUUGUUAAACCAUAUGCUAAUUCAUUCCGUUUGCAAAUCACAUUGAGUUUCUAUAAGGUUAAUUGUAUUAUUUUCAAACUUUUAUAACAAUUUUAGGCUAUUUUCAAAAUUA